AUGGAUGAAGUGGAGGAUGGCAGGAAGAGAAAGGAACAGUUUUGUAUUGACAGGAACCGUGACAUUUGGAUGGGGUUGGAUCAGUUAACAGCGUUCAAAGAUCUGCGUUACGGGAUCUCUGUUCUCCACGACCCCGUGGUCAGAGGAAAUCUGCUGUUCGGAGGUGACGUUGUGGACAUCUACCAGCGGGAGUUUCUCGCCCUCCGAGACCGACUGCACGCAGCCGAGCAGGAGAGCCUGAAGCGCUCAAAGGAGCUCAACCUGGUCCUGGAGGAGAUCAAGAGAGCGAUCUCAGAGAAGCAGGCCCUGCGGGAUAUAAACCGGACCUGGAGCAGCUUAUCUGACGAAACCAAGUUAAAACUGUGGAAUAUCACCAACAAGAAUGUGCUGCACCUUCCCACCAUCUUCCAUCAUUUGCCACAUUUGCUGUCAAAGGAGAACAGUCUGCAGCCAGCCGUGCAUGUGGGACAGGGGCGCACUGGAGUGUCCGUUGUGAUGGGAAUCCCCAGCGUGAAGCGGGAGGUGCAUUCCUACCUCACCGACACCCUCAACUCCCUCAUCUCAGAGCUCACUCAGCAGGAGAAGGAGGACUCCGUCAUCGUCGUCCUCAUCGCCGAGACAGAUCCGCAGUACACAGCCGGAGUGGCAGAAAAUAUUAAAAACUUAUUCCCAAAGGAAAUACACUCAGGUCUCCUGGAGGUAAUUUCCCCGUCUCCGCAUUUCUAUCCUGAUUUCUCCCACCUGCGGGAAUCCUUUGGGGACCCCAAGGAAAGAGUCAGGUGGAGGACAAAGCAAAACCUCGACUACUGCUUUUUAAUGAUGUAUGCCCAGUCCAAAGGCAUAUAUUACGUGCAGCUGGAGGAUGAUAUUGUGGCCAAACCAAACUAUCUCAGCACGAUGAAGAACUUUGCCUUGCAGCAGCCCUCUGAAGAGUGGAUGAUCCUGGAGUUUUCUCAGCUGGGGUUUAUUGGAAAAAUGUUCAAGUCUCUGGAUCUGAGCUUGAUCGUGGAGUUCAUCCUGAUGUUCUAUAAGGACAAACCCAUUGACUGGCUGUUGGAUCACAUCCUUUGGGUGAAAGUCUGCAACCCUGAAAAAGAUGCAAAACACUGCGACAGGCAGAAGGCAAACCUGAGGAUCCGCUUCAAGCCCUCGCUCUUCCAGCACGUGGGAACCCACUCCUCCUUGGCCGGGAAGAUACAGAAGCUGAAGGACAAGGACUUUGGCAAGCAGGCCUUGCGGAAAGAGCACGUCAACCCUCCUGCGGAGGUGAGCACCAGCCUGAAAACCUACCAGCACUUCACCUUGGAGAAGGCUUACCUGCGGGACGACUUCUUCUGGGCCUUCACUCCCACUGCCGGAGACUUCAUCAGAUUCAGAUUCUUCAAACCACUCCGCAUUGAAAGGUUCUUCUUCCGCAGCGGGAACAUCGAGCACCCAGAAGACAAACUCUUCAAUACGACUGUGGAGGUUUUGCCGUUUGACAGUCUACAGUCGGAUAAGGAAGCCUUGCAGGAGGGAAGAGGAGCAGCUGUCAAAUACCGCAGGACACCGGAUGGCUACAUCCAGAUAGGUUCCUUCACCAAGGGCGUUGCGGAGGGCGAGGUGGACCCAUCCUUCGGGCCGCUGGAGGCCAUCAGGUUGUCCAUCCAGACCGACUCCCCAGUGUGGAUCAUCCUGAGCGAGAUUUUUAUCAAAAAAGCAGAGUGACGUGGGCGUGAGGAAGAGUGGACACACGCGUGGAUCCCGGUCCCGCUCCCUCCCCUCCCGCUCCCUCCUCCCCGCGGCGCCCGGCCCGGGCACAAGGACAGCCACGCUGGCGAGGCGCAGGCCCGGCUGCCAGGAGGUGACACACACGGACAGGCCUCGGCAAACCGGCUGCCAGGCCGGCACCACCAUCCCCAGCCGGUGCUGUGGGGCCACGACAUCGUCUUCUCCGGAAGAAGAGCAAAAAGCAAAAACCAAUCUCCCGUGCAGAGGGCUGGCUUUGCUCCCCUCGGCAAGGCCCCGGCGCUCCCUCGGCCCCUCACGGGUGCCUGGCUGCCACGCGUGCCACUCGGGCCGCACCAACACGGGACAGUUUGGGGACGGGAUGAGCUUUAGCAAGUGCGGGGACUAAAAGCACCUUCAGCCCAGGACAGGGCAAGCACUGGCUGUAUUAGGGACAGAGAGGGGGCUUGGUCACGUUGAGUCCUGCCGGCUGACCCUGCAGGCGAGCUGGGAUGGAGAUGGCCAGGGACCAAGGUCUGCCUUGCCUUCGCCCAGGCAAUGGUCCUGGCCAAAGUUUGAGGAUUAAGCGAGGGUGAAGACUGACCCUCCUUUGGCAGAGGAGGAGCGAAUCCAAAGGGGUUGGAGCUAUGAGUAUGGCAGGGAAAACAAAAAAAUAAAAUAUGCCACACUGUGCCUGCCAGCAUUGAACACAGCCCCUUAACUCACGGUGAAGUCUCCAGUGUCUUCAUGCCUUGAGAUUGAGUGCAGAAACCAUCUUUUUAAAUAACUAUUUCAGUUAUUGAUUGGUGUGAGGUUUUUUGGGGGGGUGGGGUGGAAAAAAGCAGAAGUAGCCCAGUUGAGAAAUAGUAGGGAUUAGUGUAAAUCCCAAUGUCUCUUCAGCUAUACACUGGAAUGCAUUAUACUACUUUCAUGUGCUGUAUUUUUUAUUAUUGGAUACAUUUGAUUUUUCAAGUACAUCUCUAUAUAUAAAUAUAUAAAAUAAUGUGCACUGUAAUAAAAUCUAAAUUUAAA